CGGCGAAGCUCCAAACAACCAGGGAAACCACAGAGGCCGAGACGACGCAGAGGAUACCGUAAACACUGCAGUGUCGUGUCGUCGUGUGUGCCGUGCGCGCGUGUGUGUCGUGUGUGUGUGGUUUCCAGGUUUCCGCAGGUCGCGCGCGCCGGUCUCGACGGAGAUGGCGCCGCGCGGCUCGCUGCUCCCGAGCUUCCUCUACGACGGCGGGGCGCCGAGCGGCGGGGGCGCGCCGGCGGUCUUGGCGGGGGCGCCGAGCGAGCCGCCGUUCGGGAAGAUCGAGAUGUUCUCGCCGGCGUACUACUCCGCCUGCGCCUUCGGCGGGGCCGCCGCGUGCGGGCUCACGCACGCCGCCGUGACCCCGCUCGACGUUAUCAAGUGCAACAUCCAGAUCGAUCCGGCGAAGUACAAGAGCACCACGUCGGCGUUCGGCGUCGUGAUGUGGGAGCAGGGCGCCCGUGGCUUCUUCAGGGGAUGGGCGCCGACGUUCCUCGGCUACAGCGCGCAGGGCGCGUUCAAGUACGGCCUCUACGAGGUCUUCAAGAAGGAGUACACCGACCUGGCAGGGCCGGAGUACGCCGCCAGGUACAAGACGCUCAUCUACCUCGCCGGCUCGGCCACCGCCGAGGUGGCGGCCGACGUCGCGCUCUGCCCCAUGGAGGCCGUCAAGGUCCGCGUGCAGACGCAGCCUGGCUACGCCAGGGGGCUCAGCGACGGCUUCCCAAAGAUCGUCAGGAGCGAAGGCUAUGCAGGACUGUUCAGAGGGCUGGUUCCACUAUGGGGACGUCAGAUUCCUUACACCAUGAUGAAAUUCGCAACGUACGAGAACAUUGUGGAGAUGGCAUACAAGCAUCUCAUCCCAACACCGAAGGAGCAGUGCAGCAAGCCUCUGCAGCUCGGGGUGAGCUUCGGGAGUGGCUACAUCGCAGGAGUCUUCUGCGCCGCCGUCUCGCACCCUGCCGACAACUUGGUCUCGUUUCUCAACAACGCCAAGGGCGCCACCGCCGGAGAUGCUGUCAAGAACCUUGGGCUUUGGGGACUCUUCACUCGCGGUCUGCCUCUUCGCAUCCUCAUGAUCGGCACCCUGACUGGAACCCAGUGGGUGAUCUAUGAUUCUUUCAAAGUUAUGAUUGGCCUGCCAACCACCGGUGGGGCUCCUGCUCCUGCUCCUGUUGCUGUGCCAAUCGGAGAACUUGCGGAAUUGAAAGCCUCUGCUUGAUCUUAUUGUAACAUCUUGUAUCUAUGUUUCAUAAUCAAUAGUAUAUUUUUGUUGAGAAACAUAGCACAAACGCGGGCGCUAAAUUGGUGAUAUAAUUUUUUUUCUUCGUGCAAUUCGUAAUCCUUUGGUGUUUUUUUUUAUUAGGUUAGAUAGUUGCAAUGUAUCAAACAAGUUAUUAGUUGGUGGAAACUCAAAAAUUAAUAAUCAUAUCUGCGUCCUUGUUACAAUCUAUGUCCGUAACGUACAUAAAUCAUUUUUUCAGUAAGUUAUUACUUGGUGAAAUCUUGUUGACAAAUUAACCGGUGUCCAU